GAGACAGGAAUCCUGCCUUCUAACAAGAUGGCGGCCUCCAUAGUGUAUCGGUGUGCGCUGCUCUCAAGGUGUCGGGGCCGGACGGGUAGCCCUCUGGUCACAGGGAAAAGAUUUAUUCUCUCUUCGGCAUAUACCAGUGACAGUAUAUGGGAGAAAUGGGAAAAGGAACCCCAUAACUUAGCUAACCUGGCAAAUCAAAUGGAUAAGAACUACGAAAGGAAGUUUCCAGUUAGCUCCCUUACAAUUGCACAGUUUGUAGACAACAUCAGAUCAAGGGAAGAGAUCGAUCAGGCUGAAUACUACUUGUACAAAUUUCGUCACAGUCCAAACUGCUGGUACUUGAGAGAUUGGACAAUACAUGGAUGGAUCAGAAAAUGUCUUAAGUAUGGUGCCCCAGAAAAGGCUUUAUAUACUUUGCAGAACAAGGUACAAUAUGGAAUAUUCCCAAAUGAUUUCACGUUUAACCUAUUACUUGAUACAUUCAUAAAGAAAGAAAACUUUAACGAUGCUGUCUCUGUAGUGACUGAAAUCAUGCUGCAAGAGAGCUUUGAUAAUGUCUCCACCCAGCUCCUGUCCCUCUAUGCAUUACAUAAAUAUCUCUCUGGAAAUCCACAGCUGACGUGGGUGUUAGAGAAGAACCUUGGGGCCUCACUGCUGCUGGCAGGCAUGCAUCAAGAGAACACAAUGGGGUACAGUUCACAGCUGUAUGGAAACGCAUUGCUUGGAAAACUUGAGCUUUCCCAGGGUCUUCGUGCUGUUUAUACACAAAUGCCGCUAAUCUGGAAACCAGGUUAUUUCCAAAGAGCUUUGGAUGUCAUGGAUAAGGUUUCCCAGAUGCCUGGAGAAAUCAAGAUAACCAAAGAUGCAAUUGACAUUUUAAAAUCGGCGUUGGAUUCGGCCAUUUUGAGUGAGAGGGAAAAAGUACCAGCGGAAAAUGCUGAAGUUUCAGAAGACACUUCAAUGCACCCCGAGGACUCUGAGAAGACGGAAGCAGAUAUGCUGCUGGAAUUUCUUGCUAGAUUUCAGGAUUUGCUUGGAAAACUUGAAUCUCUUGAUAAAAUUGAGACUACUGACCUACUGAACCUUACCACACAUUUAGUCCUGGAAAAGCUUCCUGAAUGUGAGAAGUCAGACAUUGAAAAAUAUGAGGCCAAACUGAAGGAAUGGCAAAAUGAUGAGGCGGAGUUGAUUGCAAGAGAGAAAGAGCUAAGAGAGAAGGCUAAGAAGGAGUAUGAGGCCAGACAGGCAGCACAGUCCGCUGCCCAAUAAACAGUUCUAAGCUGACUUGCCUCUGACUGCAUUACUCCAGU